UCCUCCCUCAAGCACAAACCCGGCCUCGCAGCGCCAUGUGUGCGGCGGAGAGGCGCGCGGGCUGCUGCUACACUAUUUAAAGAGGCUAUGAGCCCAGGAGGCGCAACGGAGGUCCUCCAAGACUACCCAGGAGGAGGCAGAGAGGCUGGGGACGGGGGCGGAGGGAGAUGCUGCAAGAGCAGCACCACCAGGGACCACUCGUGGGAGACUUGUAGUUGAUUUGCAAAACACUCCCCCCCCCCACCUUCAAAGCAGUGCAUUGCCUCCUAGGCAUCCAGGGAAGCCAAAAAGCCCCAACCACCAGGAGACCCUCCUCCUAAUUGGAUCCAUACAAACUCCGCCGAGUUUGACUGCUGCUUUCCGUCUCUCUCCCCCCCUCUUAUCCUCUCUCCGCACCUCUCUGGAAGCAAUUUCCUCCGUCCGUGCAGGACACAGCCAGGCGCGUUUUGAUUUUUCCUCCUGGCAUUGCAGCAAUGCCACCCUUCCCCUCCCUUCGCUUCUUCUCUUGCAGCCUGGUGGCUUGGCUGCUCUUCGCAGCAAGCCGGAGCAGCGGCGGUGGCGGGGGCAGCCGCCCAGGGACGGAGGAGGCGGACGAGGAGGAGAAAGUGCUCAGGGUGUUGGUGUUGCUGCCCCAAGACAAUCUGUACCUGUUCUCGCUGGCGCGGGUCAAGCCGGCCAUCGAGUACGCGGUGAGGAGCUUGGAGGAGAACGGGACGCUGCUGCCGGCGGGCUUCAGGUUCCGGCUCUUCUUCAACGACUCGGACUGCGGCAACUCGGCGUUGUUCAGCCUGGUGGAUAUGGUCGCCUUGCGGCAGCAGUGGCCGGACCUGCUGCUGGGGCCCGUCUGCGAGUACGCGGCCGCGUCGGUGGCCAGGCUGGCCUCCCACUGGGACCUGCCCAUGAUCUCGGCCGGCGCGCUGGCGGUGGGCUUCAGCAGCACCAAGACGGGCGAGUACUCGCACCUGGUGCGCGUCUCGCCGGGCUACGCCAAGAUGGGCGAGAUGUUCCUGGCGCUCUUCCGGCACCACAAGUGGACUCGGGUCAUGCUCGUCUACCACGACGACAAGGAGCGCCGCGACUGCUUCUUCGCCGUCGAGGGCGUCCACAUGGCCUUCCGCGAGGCGGCUUUCCAGAUGGACGACUUCGCCUUCGAGGAGAGCGGCGGCAAGUACGCCGAGGAGGUCGCGCGCGCCAUCCAGGGCGGCGAGAGAGUCGUGAUAAUGUGUGCCAGCAGUGACGCAAUAAGGAACAUCAUGUUGGCUGCACAUCGGCAAGGAAUGACCAAUGGAGACUACGCUUUCUUCAAUAUUGAACUCUUCAACAGUUCAUCAUAUGGAAAUGGCUCAUGGAAGAGAGGAGACAAACAUGACCCUGAGGCAAAGCAAGCAUACUUAUUCCUCCAGACAGUCACAUUACUGAGGACAGUGAAACCUGAAUUUGAGAAGUUUGCCAUGGAGGUGAAAAGUUCUGUUCAGAAACAAGGAAUCAAUGAUGAAGAUUAUGUUAACAUGUUUGUGGAAGGAUUCCAUGAUGCUAUUAUCCUGUAUGUUCUGGCUUUACGGGAAGUUCUGAAGAAUGGCUUCACUAAGAAAGAUGGAGAAAAGAUUGUCCGUCAGAUAUGGAACAGGACAUACGAAGGCAUUGCAGGACCGGUGUCCAUAGAUGCUAAUGGAGAAAGAUUUGGGGAUUUCUCUGUGAUUGCAAUGACUGAUCCAGAAACUGGAACACAGCAGGUGAUUGGUAACUAUUAUGGAAAACAGGGACGGCUUGAAAUGCUUCCAAAUGUAAAUUAUCCCUGGGAAAAUAAAUUUAGAAUAGACGACAGCCGAGGUUUGGAGCACCCAAGCAAUACACCCUGCAAAUCAUCAGGUGGCCUAGGAGAGUCGGCAGUUACAGGGAUUGUUGUGGGUGCUUUGCUAGGAGCAGGAUUGUUGAUGGCCUUCUACUUUUUCAGAAAAAAAUACAAAAUAACUAUUGAGAGGCGAAGUCAACUAGAAGAAUACAACAUUGGCAAGCACCGACAAUUACGAGAAGAUUCUAUAAGAUCUCAUUUUUCUGCAGCAUGAAGUAGAGAAAAACAAGUUGUGUUUGUGGAGAAAAUCUGUAGAAAAAUGGAUGCUGCCAAAGACGGCAACAGAAAAGAAGCUCAUGAAGGACUCAGCAUUUUAAAAAGUAGAAUGAUUUUGUCUUCAUUUCUUUCAGAAACUCAGGAAUGAUUUAUUAACAUUUAUGCCACAUGGCCUUUGUAUCUUGUAGGAAUGACAGUGAGGUUUUUCUCUUAGCAAGAUGUUCUUAACAUUUUGCAUGUCUUGUAGGACAAGUUCCUCUGGUCAGCCAUUUUGUUUCUUAGAGUUACGAAUGGUUCUUCCUGAUGCCUUCUUUUGAACUUAUGGUCCCUCUUUAGCUGCACCUCACACUAUAUUAUACAAGAAAUGUGAUUUCAGAGUUACAGAUGCUGCUUUCUAGUAGGAGCAGGCAUUUGUUUAGUGGCUGACAUGAUCUGCAGCCCUCCAGCCAUGGAAGGAGAGCUGUGAAGGACUGUAGCUUCUUUCCACAAUGGACUGAGCAUGGAAGGGGAGCAGUGAUUUUUGCAUCUUUCCCCUCCCUCCAAAAGCCCUUUAUAGUUGUAUCUUGAGAUCACACUACCGUGCUUGGUCCACUGCAGAAAGAAGCUUUCAGUGCAGGGACACUGAAGGCUUCUUGUGGAUCUGAAGUCCUCCUUCCACUGCUGGAGCACUGUGAAUCAUGUUGGCCAGUGUUUAAUAUUGGGGACUAAAUCAGAAAGAAGGGAGUGCACACAUAGUACAGUACAAUGUAAUUUAUGGAAGGAGGGUGGACUCUCAUUUGUUCAUGAAACAUAAUAAAUCCAAGGACUGAGGAAAUAUAGGAAUUGAUUUUAACAGCCUAGUCAUAUAAUAGAUUUUUCCCCAGUCAAGAGAUUGUUCCCACAAUUAUCUCAAUGAAAGUAUUCCCUUGUGACUAUGUCAUGAAAUUGGUGUAAGUAAUGUAGAUGUAUGCCAAUGUCCUGGGUAAGUUAACUGGUUUAAGAGAAUUUAUUCCCAGGAAGUUCCCUUAUCUGUAUAGGAAUCCUGUCAUUGAGAUCACUGCAAGAUUCCUCACUCAUUCAUGGUCACUUAUUUUAGCCAUUUCAGACAUUUGUAUAAAAUAAGCCCAAAGGGCUUACAGAAUAGAGGCAGACACUUAGGCCUGGUCUGCUCAUGAGGAAGUAGCACAUAGUAGCAGUGGUAGAAUCCUGAGGUAGAAAAGUGGAUACACUUCAGAUUCUAGACUUUGGUAUAACAUUUUCAAAUACUCCUCAACUCCCCACCCCUAAAAAAAAAGCAUUUUUUUUAAAAGUAGUAGUUACUAGGCCAGCCCUCUUACUCCUAUGCUAGGAUUGUGCUUUGAAGGGUUGUGUGGGGUUUUUUUGGAAGUGGUACAUUCAUGUGAUCCCCCCACUUACAAUCCAAAGUAAUACAGUCUCUUAUACCACCUUAGGACUCUAACAUUUCCUUUGGCUGCCAUGUUUAGGCCAGGUUUUAUUACUGCCAGUUACUAAAAUUGAGAGGCCCCUGACUCUGCUAAGUUCCUUAUGCUGCUGUUCAUUUACACACAGAAUGGAAGCUUGUGUACUCUUCUCCUGCCAGGUUCCCCCAGGUCCUUCAGCCUGUGGAUGCUAGCACAGAAAAUGUAUGAUGAAGAAGGCAAGAACACAGGCGUGUGUGUGUGUCACAGCUACAUAGAGGGGACUGCACAAUGUAGCUACUUUUGAAAAUGAGAUCAUUACUCAGUAGUAGGUUCCAUUGAAGCCUGUGGUACUUACUUUGGAAUAAAUGUUUAUAAGAGCAGGAUACAUUAUAGUAUUCCUGCUCUGAAUUACUUCAAUAUGAAGAGAAUGCCCCACUGUCACAUUAGAGACCCAAGUGUGGCCCAAACUAUGUAAAUAAUAAUUAUCGGAGUGGUUUUGUACAGUAAAGGAGAGUACAACUGUUUUUUGUUUUUGUAUAAAAUAUGACAUUCCAGGUUAACAUUUUAUUUUUAGGUAUUCUUACUGUAUAUUUUUCUAUUAGAAAAAUGUCUUCUUUUUAAUUUCACUUUGGAAAGUCAAGGUGAGAGCUAUUUGAAGAGCUAUUUUUUUAAAACGUGUGACUAGAAAUGAGCACAGAACUCAUUAGGUGUAAAUAAAAGUAGUAUCCUUGACCUUUAAGUAUUAGGCCAGCCUUUUCCCCGCUUCUGUCAGGCAUGGCUCUUUUAAUCAGUAACAAGAUUCCAUUGAUUAAACAGGAGUUAAGAGUU